UAUAUUUUUACCCACCACGUAUAUCUUCGAGGGAUUUACAACUGCAGGGUACGAACAACUCCCCCUCUUGCACACUCGUAGCUUCCAGAGGCCCACGUGCAAAUGACAAACAGAUUGUCCCUUUAAUUAUCCUCAUUUAUUUAAUUAGUUCUAAUUAAUUAAGAGUGAAGUCAUGACUGAUCCAAUAAGGAUGUAUUUAUUGUGGUUCGCUCACGAACACGUGGAUUUUCGAGGUGCCGAGAUCGACUCGAUUCUGAAUUUAUUUGGGAUUUCUCAGGAACAUUUUAAGACGAUUCAGAGGUCUAACGACAAACCCUAUUGGAUCGUCGAAUGUUCAGAGGAAGCGACAAUCCAGACUAUAGCAAGUCGAUCAGUCUCUCUGCGUUAUUGUAUAGAAUUAUAUGUCAGGGAAAGGGAUUUCAGUUCUGUUCAUUCUGCAUUGAGACAAAUUCCCAGGGAAAGGUGGAGUAAAUAUGCCAGACAAGAUAAAACCUUCAGGAUCGUCGUCGAGACUUUCUGUAAACACAUCAGCCAGAGUGAGAAGAUUGAAAAAAUUGAGUCAUUCAAUUAUCUUCAAAUCGAAGGACAAGUCAGACUGAAUAAUCCCGACGUUAGUUUCUAUUACAUGGAGUACUAUGGGAUGAAGCCUGACAUUAAUACUGAGAAUCCUGAGGAGUUGUUCUUUGGGAGGCUGGUGGCAACAGGGCAGAGGGAGUUGAUCCAAAAAUUAUCCCUGAAAACGAGAAAAUUCAUUGGGACGACGUCAAUGGACCCUCAGCUGUCACUUCUGAUGGCUAAUCAGGCUCAAGUAAAACGUGGUGAUAUCGUAAUGGAUCCAUUCGUGGGGACUGGAUCAUUGCUGGUGGCUGCAGCAUUGUUUGACGGGUACAUCCUGGGGACGGACAUCGACUUCAUGAUGCUCCAUGCACGAACGAGGCCCACCAGGAUAACUCAGAAAAAGAGAAGCAGCGAUGAAAGUGUGGCUGCCAACGUAAAACAGUAUGGGAAAGGAGAAUAUUAUCUUGACGUCAUUGUCUCCGAUUUUUCUCAGCUCCUUUGGAGGUCGGAUAUGCGAGUCAACGCGAUUAUUACAGAUCCACCUUAUGGUGUUAGGGAAGCCACUGAACGAAUUGGAACGUCCAAGCCGAAUCCCACGAUCGACGAGACCCAGGCAGCAGCUCACAUUCCAUCGAAAAUCGAUUACAAUCUACCUCACAUGUACAAAGACAUUAUGAAAUUUGCAGCUAGACAUCUAGAGAUCAAUGGAAAAUUAGUCUGUUGGUUUCCUGUGUACAGGGAACAUUACUCUGAAGAUCAGCUGCCCAGGCACCCCUGCCUAAAAAUGACAGCGAAUUCCGAGCAGGUACUGAGCAAUCACGCCUCAAGAAGAUUAUUAACUUACACAAAACUCCGUGAGCCCCAUGAAAGUGACGUAAUCAGCACAAUGAACAUCCUGGACUUCAGGGAGAUGUACUUUGCCCUCAGAGACGAGUCCAGGAAGGAGAAGCGGAUGAAAAGGGCAGCAGAAAGGGCCCAGAAUAAAGCAGAGUGGGAGAGAAGGUGUCGUGAAAGCACAGAGAGAUGACUCCAACUGUUCCCAUGAUAAUAACAAACAUUUAUUUAUGUUAUUCACUUCAAUUGCAUUCUGUUACUUAUCUUAGGGUGAGUUACAACGAUUUCUCGACUUCUCACAAAGUCACACAGUCAACAUUAUCCUCCAUUUUAAAUCAAUGAAUUGUCUUAGAAAUAUAAUCAACGCAUUUCAAUAAAUAAUCGUGAAUAUUUCUAUAGUGAAUUCGAUUGUUUUUUAUUCUAUUAAAGUAUCGUGAUAAUUAAUUGAUUAGGAAUGUGACAACCGAGUGUCUCCACAAAUUGAUAAGUUAUUCAAAAAAAAGAUUUGCUAUCCCUCAUUUCGAUAUUUUUCAUAAUAAUUGUGCAUUAUUUGUGAUGCACAUGAAUAUGGCAUUUACACAUAUAUUACAAUUAUU